GGGCGGCGCCCGCUGAAGAGGCCGCCUUAGCCCGGAGCCGCGGUCGGCGCUCUCCAGCUAGCUGGCCCGCUACGCCCGGUACCGCACGGCACCGCGCCCGCCGCACCACGACCAUGGGCGGCGCCGCCUCCAGCCAGCUGGACGAGGCCCGGAGCGCCUACAUCCGAGGGAAAACCGAGGCUGUGCUCAAGAACUUCAGCCCCUACUAUAAGCGCCAGCACGCGGUGGCCUUCUGCGGUCACGUGCGCCGCCAGGUGGAGCAGCAGCGAGAGGCAGCGUCGCAGCUCCUGAAGGCCAAGCCACCGCUGGAGCCUGGAACGGUUUUGUACGAAGCAGAGCUAACACAGUUCGCUGAAGACAUCAAGAAAUGGAAGGACAGGUACAUCGUGGUCAAAAAUGACUUUGCCGUGGAGAGCUACGAGAGCAGAGAGGCCUAUCAGAAAGGAGCUGCUCCGAGGACCAGGGUCCUCCCAGUGGGCGGCAAGGUGUUCACCUCGCAGGCCGAGUACAGCCUGCUGGCCGACAGGCACUUCCCUGACCCUGCAGCCUCCGGCGAGAAGGAGACCCCGCAGCCCCUGGUGGCCCUGCCCAAGGAGUUCCCGGUGGUGCUGUGGCAGCCCUUCCUCAGGCACGGCUUCUUCUGCUUCGCCGAGGCCGCCGCCCAGAAGAGGUUCAGCGCCGUCCUGAGCGACUGCAUCCGCAGGCUCAACCACGACCUCACGAAGCAGACGACAUUUGAAGCCCAAGCCUUCCUGGCAGCCGUGCAGUUCUUCCACCAGGAGAAGGGCCACUACGGCUCGCGGGAGAUGAUCACCGGGGACGAAGUGCAGGCCCUGAGCAGCCUGGUGAUGGAGGAGCUGCUGCCCGCCCUGCAGGCUGACCUGCUGCCCACCAUGAAGGGGAAGAGGAGCGACAGGAAGAGGGCCUGGUUCGGGCUGCUGGAGGAGGCCUUCCACCUGGUCCAGCGUCAGGUGGCGGAAGGCCUGCGUGGCCUGAAGGAGGAGUGCCGAGCCUUGACCGAGGGCCUGGAGGGGAGGGUGCGCGCCGACAUGGACCAGAUCGCCAACUCUGAGGACUUCCUCGCCGGGAAGAUCGAAGCGAUGGUGGCGCAGCCGGCAGAGCAGAGCUGCGCGGAGAGUGUGCGGCCGUUCCUGGCGUCCAUCCUGGAGGAGCUCCUGGGGCCGGUGAGCUCAGGAUUCGGGGCCGUGCGCUCGCUCUUCGAAGAGGAAGUGGAUGCGCUCGGCCGGAGCUUUCAGAAUACCAAAGACGGUGACCAGCUGAAGGAGCACCUAGACGGCCUGCUGCGCCUGCCGCUGGACGCCGUGAAGAUGGAGGCCUGCUACCGCGAAGCCGCCCCGCUGCAGGAGCAGCUGCAGGACCUCAACAGCCGCUUCCGCUUCCCGCACGUGGACCUCGUGGUGCAGAGGGCCCAGAACUACAUGCAGGAGCUGAUGGGGAACGCCGCGUUCACCUUCACACAGCUGCUCGCCCCGCACCUGCAGGGAGAGCCCGCCCGAGCCGCCGCCGCCAUCGAGAAGGUGAAGCUCCGAGUGCUGAAGCAAUACGACCAUGACAGCAGCACCGUCCGCAGGAAGAUCUUCCAGGAGGCCCUGGUGCAGAUCACGCUCCCCACCGUGCAGAAGGCUCUGGCGCCCACGUGCAAACCGGAGCUGCAGAAGUUCGAGCAGCUCAUCUUCGCAGACCACGCCCACAUGAUCCAUGUGGAGAACGUCUACGAGGACAUCUUGCAUCAGCUGGUCCUGCGGGAAGCGCUGAAAGUGAUCCAGGAAGCCGCCAUGCAGAAGAAGCACAAUCUGUUUGAUGACAGCGUGGCCUUGCCCAGCGAGAGCGUGUCCAGCUUGACGGAUCUGAAAACCCCCACUGGCUCCAAGCCAGCCAGCCCUGCCCGGCGGGCAUCGGCCGCAUCGCCGGGAGCCCUCGGGAGCGAGGGCUCCGGCACAAGUGGGCAGGCCGAGGGACAGGUGCAGCCCGGCAGGAAUGGGCAGGGGGCUCCCGUGGGCCCUGACCACGACGCUGUGGCUCCUGUGGAGGGCGCGGCAGAGCUGGGGACCGCGGGGCACCCCGGAGACCCCGAGCCCGCCUCUGGCUCCCUGCGGGAGCUCAGGGAGCUGCUGGCCGAGUCCGCCCCCGUGGUCUACCAAGACACGGAAGGGGAGGCCCCUGGCGCCCCAGAAAAUGAAGAGGAAGAGGAGGAAAACGCCCCGGGGUGCACAGUGCACAGCGAGGCCACAGCCCCCGACGUGGACCAGGGUGCACACAGCGAGGCCGGCGGCGUGGAGGUGCCCGCAGCCUGUGGUGCUGACCCUCAGCCAGGCCCAGAAGGGCCCGCUCAGGACCCCUCUGAGAAAGAUCUCCAGGCCAGGGCCUCCGCCCAGGACGCCCAGGAGGGAGGAGAGGCCGCGGGCGCGGGGCCGAGCGAGGACUGGCUCCCGAUGGAGAGCCAGGGCGCCCAGGCCGCGGGGAGUGUGGGCGCAGAGGAGGCCCAAGUCCCAGGCGCUCACACGGCCCAGUGGGAGGUGGAGGCAGCCCCCGACCCUGAUGGCACGGAGACAGGCGGUGGUCAGGGGACCCCCCCGGAGCAGCCCUCAGAGUGAGGGGCAGCCCUGCCGGGGGCAGCCCCGCCCAGGGCCCCCCAUGGGUGUGGGUGCUCCGAGUGGUCAGCCAAAUGUGAGGCAUUUCCUUAAUUUGAGUCACAAAACUGAAGGGGCGGGACCUGCGCUGCUGCCCCCACCCCGGGACAGUUGCUGGGCGUUUUAGCCAGGGUGAGCGGGGGCCGCUUCCAGCCCACUCUGCGCAAGGCUGGGAGGCAGCCCCUGGUGCACUUUAUGCUUCUGAACCUCUGGAAGGGUGCGAAAGCCCGCUGGAGCCCGCUCUGCCGCCUCCCCAUCGCCCAGGACUCAGCGGGUGCCCACGGUCAGGCGCAGGGAGGCGCCUGCAGCCCUGGCGGGCAUCCGGGUGCCGGGGCUGUGGGACGGUCCUGCUGCGACUUCCCCUGACGACUUCUUGCUGAUUAUCUUGCUGGUUCCUCCCAGUGGGAACUCAGAACCCUUCCCUGGCGUGUGCAGGUGGACCACCCUCCAGGUUAGCCAGAGACCACAAGGAGCUCAAAGCUCACAGGUGGACAGCGACCGCGUGCCAUGCCCGGUGCAAGGCACAGCAAGGAAAAACAGAGGAGGCGCUACGGUCUGUAAGUUUCAACGCCCGGGCGAGGCCGACCUAGAAAACACGACUCCCCCCCCCAUCCAAACGUGCAUGCUCAUCCCACAGGGAACAAAAUGCGUAAACAGAGAGAUGAGUGAAGACGAAGCAGGUACCGGGCGCCGAGGCCAGAGCCGGGCGGCCAUGCUGUGGUUGUUCGGCAGUGUGUGAGUGCCAGGGACGCACUCACAGGGGGUGCCCUGUCGCAGGGCUGGCCUCCGGCCUGCGGUGGACACAGUCGUGUCUCCCAGGGACCAUGGCCUCUGGCUUGCCGGAGAUGGAAAAGAUUGGUCAUUGUCUUCCAGAAAAUUCCAAAUCACUUCCUAAAAACCCCCACCCCAGGCCCUGCUCUCGAAGUUUCUUUCCACAGACGUCAAUGUUAGACCCCCAACAGCUUGUUUUCACCGUCGCCAUCACCUAAGUUCAUAUCAGCUCUUUAGAGAAUCGACCCAGGAGUUAAAACACCCCUCCCCCGAGAAUGGCCCGGACUCUGGGUCACAGGGCAGAGCGGUGACCCGUCAGCCGUCUCGCCCCCCCCCCCCGGAGUUCCGCUCCUCUGUCCACGUCGGCCCCUCCCGCUACCGUCCCGACCCUGCUCUGCCCCCCCCCCCCCGCUCCUGCACAUCCUGCCAUGUAGUGCGGAGUCCUGCCUUUCCCGGGGGCCACGCUCUCCACGGGGUCAGGCGUCUCUUGUGCUUCCUGCUGGAAACCACAGCCCUCAACAGUGGCCUCCCUGCCGCCUCAAGUCAUUCUGAGGCCCCUCGUGUCCAGCACGGGACUGGCCGCGGCGCCAGCCGCUCCGGAGGCGUGGGGACCGGCCUCUCAGUGUGCCAGGGGCCGGGGUUCCGGGUGCAGACUCCUCGGCUGAGCUCUGCCUCGUGGAGUCUCCCCUUCAGUAAAGUCCGAAGUCCAGCGGGAGGUGGCCCGGCGCAGUGCAUCCCUCCCGGCCCGAAUCUGCAGGCCUUCCUCCCUCUCUGCCCCCUCCCCCCCACAUACACACCAAAGCUGAGCUCUGACAGCCCUGGGAGAGGCUGCGGUUCCCGGCGCUGCGCACCUGAGCCCAGCACCCGGCUUUGUCCACCCAGGAAGCCAGAGGGACCAAGUGGCAGGACCAGCCUGGAGCAGACGGGAUUCUUCCCUACAAGGAGUUCAGUGCGUCCCUCGGCGGAGCAGGCGUGGUUGUGCACUCGCAGGGGCUCAGGGAGGCGGCACGCACGUGAAGUGGCUAGUGUGCGGGCUACCGUCUGGGUGGGAUUCUCCCAGGUGCCCCGAGUCCACCCGGCCUUUCCCACACGCGUGUCUGGUCUCCUCCACGGUUUCCAGGCAGGAGCGGAGCUGCUGUGACCCAUGCGAGCGGAAGCGGAGACCUCUGCUCCCAGCACAGCCGCCGGAAAUGCGCAAACCAUGGACCCUGGCAGAGCCCCGUGGUAUAAGCCGGGCAGGUUUCUGUCGACCUUCCACAAAGGAGACAGCCAGCGCAUCUCUGCCUGCUCCGUGGCUUGGACCCAGAACCCGCAGACGCAGCUCUGCUGCGAGAAAGGGUGUGUUGAAGACGACAGGGACACGCUGCCCCUGUUUGUCCGAAAGCCCCGCUGAGAGGCUGGGAGGGGAGAGCUUCGGGUCUGGCCUGCCUGGGUUUGUCCUGAAGGGGCUCAGAGCUGGCUCUGUCAGUCUCCAGAUCAGAGCCAGUGGUCUCAAAGGUUUCUCAGGCCCAGCAGAAGUGAUUUUAGUGCGCGGUAACAGGUGCCAGGUGCCACGUAGCACUCAGGAUAGGGAGGAGGCGGAGCGCCGCCCAGCCGCCCUCAUGAUGUGGCAAAAAGGGGACAGCUGUGUCCUGAUGUGUGGGCAUGUGUGGGGUCGGCCGCCUGACCUCUGCAGCUUCCUAUGUAGAGCAAUUAAACGGCGAACACUUUAUAGCCAUGUAUUUACUCUGUCCAGUGCCUAUAUUCCAAUAAAAUGUUCACCCUGAA